GAGAGAGAGAGAGAGAGAGGAUUGGUCGCUUAGAGAGAGAACAUGGGCAGCUCCCAGCUGGAGUGUUUGGAAGAUAGUCACAUUAAUGUUAGAAUUACUGACAAAAAUCCAGAGUUUUAUUAUUGUGAACAGCAGCGUCAGGCCUUGGAUGUGCUGCUAAAAUUUGACGAGGUUAAUUUUCGCAAGCUUCUGGAGAAAGAGGGAGUCAAAGAGUUUAUUUCCUCAAAGGAGGCUGAGCAAAUUCGUAGAAACCACCAGAGAUAUGAGGUUGAGGGGAAAGACAGUGGAAGGGAUAAGAAGGCAGUGAGUGACAGCAAGUCGACAUAUUGGCCAGAUCAGAGUGACACAACGAUACCCGACCUGGACAUGGGCUGGACAGAGCCCGUCUCUUACCGAGGAGUCACCAGGGUCACUGUGCACAUGCACCCCCCACGAAACAAUGAUCCUAAUAUCAAGCAGAUUGUGCGUAAGAUGAUCCAAGAGGCCAGGAAGAUUAUCGCAGUUGUUAUGGAUGAAUUCACAGACCGGAAUAUAUUUGAGGAUCUGAUUGAGGCCUUUUACCGGCGAAGACUCCCUGUUUAUAUCAUCCUGGACCAAGGCAACGUGAAGUAUUUUCUGGAAAUGUGCAAGAAAAUAGAACUGAACAAUGUGAUGAUACGUUACCUACGAGUCCGUUCCAUCGCUGGCACAGGCCUGUACUUGGCAUCGGGAUAUGUCGCUGGUUCCUUAGACCAGAGAUUUAUGAUUGUGGACGGUGACAAAGUGAUUUCAGGAUCAUACAGUUUCACAUGGAGCUGUUCUCGGCUACACCGCAGCACCGUGGCUGUCUACACUGGCCAGAUCCUGGAAAACUUUGAUGUUGAGUUCAGGCAGCUCUACGCCAACUCCGACCCAGUGGAUCUGCAUGAGCUCCUCGACAUCAAGAUCGGAUUUACAGGCCUGACUCCUGGCCUCCGUGCCAGCCCAGUCCCCCGCUGCUCUGAUGACCUCAACAGGAAGCUCAAUAAUCCCAAAUACCUCCUGGUGACAGAGGGACUGCGUCGGGUCUCCUCAGAAAACCAAGUGCUUCCUGCAUGCGAGUUGAAGGUGAGGGAGAGCAGCGUGAAGUUCCGAGAGAGGAGGGGAACCAUGAAGGACAGUAAGAAGGAGGAUCACAGUAAAUCGAUUCAGGUCGUUGAGGAUUGGCUGCUGAAGAAUGACGUCCGGGGCCUGGACAAACCUGAGCCUGUUGAAGACCUGGUGCCAGCCAGCAAGAUGCCCGAUGCCAACCACCAAGCCAUCUCCCGGUUCGGCAUCACAAACUGGUUCCGAACCAGCUCCAGGAAGUUCAAACGAGUGGACAGUGACUCCCCACCAGUCUCCGAGCCCAAAGCCUCCAAGGGAAACUGGAGGUCCAAGCUGAAGAAAGACUCAGCCAAAAGUGGGAAGAUGACCAUGGAGACUGAAAGCCUAACAGACAUGGGUACAGGGAAGGACAGCCCCUCCACGUCAGAGAAAGGUCCCAGCAGCAACACCAGAAAGAGCAAGGAGCAGUGUGUGCUGUCAUGAGGACUUGGGUCGAAGGGUUGGGGG